CGACGCUCGUCUGCGCUCGAGCAUCACUCGGUCAAGAAGAGAAGAGACGACGCCCGAUCCGAACAGGACCGGACCGUACCGGACCAAGCCCAACCAGAGCGCCCGGCGUCGUGUGGAGCUUUUGGGGGAGUGCGGAUGUGAAGGAAAGCGAGCCUUCCUGGCCUUCCUCUUUCCUUCCUUCCUUCCUUCCUUCCUUUUUCUCUUGCCGUCACGAAAUGGCGGACAUGACAGAGCUGCGAGCCUCCUACACCAUGUCGCCGGUGCUGGCGGGCUUCCUGGGCGCGGGCGUUCUGGUGGCGGUGGUGAUCGCGCUGCUUCUGCUCUGGUCCUUCUGCCAGCGCCGCUACCUGCGCGCGUCCGGACGCUACAAGCUGCACAGCGACCGCUACUGCGACGCCGAGGACCCCCCCUACAAGUUCAUCCACAUGCUGAAGGGGAUCAGCAUUUACCCGGAAUCGCUCAGCGGCAGCAAGAGGAUCGUGCGCGGCGCCAGGCGGGCCGAGCGGGACGGCGAGCGAGGCCGCGGAGGCGCGGUGCCGGCGGACGCCUCGAGCAACGUCCUGGACGUCCGGGGUCAGCUUCAGAUGAGCCGGUUGGCGGCGCCCGGCGGAUCGGCCCGCGCCGGGUCCGGCCCCGGCCGCCUGGAGCGCGCGCUGCCCGUGCACGCCGACUACUUCCGCCCGGACGGCGGCUCGACCGGUGGCAGUCAGAGCGGCAGCGAGACGGCGUCGCCCUUCACGCCCGCCUCCUCGGAAGCGGAACCCGAAGCCGGUCUGGGCGCCGUCAGCCUCACCGUGGACUACAACUUCCCCAAGAAGGCGCUGGUGGUCACCGUGGUGGGCGCCCGGGGCCUGCCCGCCAUGGACGAGCAGGCCGGCAGCUCGGACCCGUACGUCAAGAUGACCAUCCUGCCCGAGAAGAAGCACCGCGUCAAGACCCGCGUGCUGAGGAAGACCCUGGACCCGCUCUUCGACGAGACCUUCACCUUCUACGGCGUGGCCUACAGCUCGCUGCCCGAUCUCACGCUGCACUUCCUGGUGCUCAGCUUCGACCGCUUCGCCCGCGACGACGUCAUCGGCGAGGCCGUGGUGCCGCUCGAGGGCGUGGACCCCAGCACGGGCCGGGUCCACCUGAGCCGGCGCAUCACCAAGAGGAACAUGCAGUGCGAGAGUCGCGGCGAGUUGCUGGCGUCGCUGUCCUACCAGCCGGUGUCUCAUCGCCUGAGCGUGGGGGUCCUCAAGGCGCAACACCUCCCCAAGAUGGACAUCGCCGGACUGUCGGCCAACCCCUACGUGAAGGUCAACGUGUUCUACGGCCGCAAGCGCAUCGCCAAGAAGAAGACCCACGUGAAGAAGUGCACGCUGAACCCCGUCUUCAACGAGACCUUCAUCUACGACAUCCCGUCCGAGCUGCUGCCCGAGAUCUCCGUCGAGUUCCUGGUGGUGGACUUCGACCGCACCGCCAAGAACGAAGUCCUGGGCCGCCUGCUGCUGGGCCUGCACGGCGCCGCGCCCUCCGGCGCCGCCCACUGGCGGGAGGUCUGCGACAACCCACGCCGGCAGAUCUCCAAGUGGCACAACCUCAGCGAGUUCUGAGUGCCGCGCAAAAGACGGACCGGUGUACGGAGCCCGGUGUGCAGCGCGCGCACGCACGCGCGCGCGCGCACACACACACACACACACACACACACACAUGCACACACGCGCACACACACUUGUGAUCCUACUUCUAAACACUCCGCACACUCAACCAAAUGCGCUUGUGCUAAGGAAGGUGUGUGUGUGCGUGUGUGUUGAAGAAGAAGAAAAGCAAGUCAGUGUUGUCCUCAUGCAGUUGAUCGCAUGUGUUCAUGAAGAGAAGAACGACAUCCGCCCCCCACAAGCCCCCCACCACAGUCCUGACAAUUCCCAUCACGCUUUGCUGACGCCUGCGGUGAGCGUCGUUUUCCAAGCCCUUUGAGCAUUUAUCCAUAUCCAGCUUAAGGGUCACGUACUAGUACACCCUUUGUCCUCACUAGUAAGACAGCGACUCUACAACUAAUCGAUCAUCAAAUUAACCAACAGCUAUUUUGAUGAUCGAUUAAUCGUUUACAGACCUCAGCCUCUCGGCAGGAAAUAUCCUCCGAUUUCUGUCGUACUCCAAGAAAGCGGACCGUCUUUUGUGUUUUUUCAAAAUACGAUAACAUCUGCUUUUACUUUGGAAAACAGUGAUCAACAUUUUUGCUGAUUUUCUGACAUCUUACAGACCGAAGCAGUCAAAUUCAUGCAAAACUAAAUGUGAGUUGAAUCUGUUGAGGAAAUAAUUGUUUGGGUUUUUUUUUUUUUGCUGCCAUAACUGUGAAUAAUGUAGUUGCACCUGAAUCCCCAAAGUGUUAUUUGUACUAGUAGCCAAGAAGUCGCUCUCAGUUUCCAAAAGGUUGCUGAGUACAAAACCACAAGGUCAUAUAGCUCUAUCGUUUUAUUAUACGAUAAGAUCAAAUAAACAACAAUCAUCAGUUUCUGAACAGUAAUUAAAAAAAAACUUGAAGGCAAAAUAAAUGUUGAUCUGAUUAAUCGAUGGAGUAAUCGAGUGUAAAAAUAUUGGCUCGCCGCAGCCGUGUUUCCUCUCGUUGCAGUCGCACAACGUGGCGGCCGUUUCCCGACGCGAACGCCGAGGCUCGCACUUUUUCUUCUCGUGGACAGAAAUAUCAUCCAGUCGUGAAGAAAAAGAAAAACGCUACAAGUGAGACAGUCAAUCUACUGGUGCGCUGAAUUGUACGUACCAGUGAGGUCAAAGAGCGCGCUAGUACGCGGACAUGGAAGCGGAUUUCCGAAUAAAUGCUGCAAGGGCUUUCGCGAGUGUCGGGUGUCUGGCGUGCAGGUAACAACGAGGUGUAAAUAAAUUCCCGCGUGUGCUUGUUUGUAGCAUGAAUGACUUCCUCUACGCUUUCUUUGGUCGCUUGUGUCGCAGCAAUGUUCGUCCGCUAGCGCCCGGGUCGCGACCGCGAUGCUAGUCGCCAGGCUAAGCUAACAUCGCGCGCGAACCCGCUCGUGGGGUCAAGGACAACUGGGGCGCCACCCGCAGGCGCAUGACGUGACAUGACGUGACUCCAAAGCUCAUUAGACGCUCCUGUUCAUAUUGCGAUGAUGCCGUUGCUGAUGAUGAUGUCAUAACCGUGCGUGCGAUGUAACGGCGUUGUUUAUUCACUUCCGUGCUGACGAGCGGCUACAGGUCUCGGCUCGUGUUGGGAAUCAUUCCCUCGCCACGACAUAUUCACUGCUGUUGUGAGUGUGCUGGAUACAAAAUCCCACAUAGUGAUGAGGGAGUAGGCAAUGAGUGAAUGAUUGCAAACACACCAUUGAGAGAUUUUGAAAGAGUGGGCUGUAGAAUGAAUUGACGCGAGGGCUGAAACGAUGAAUCAAGUACGCUCUAAUCGCGAGAGAGGGAUUUUUAUAUAAUGAAUCUCGGCUUGAUAAGACUAACUGAGUUCAGUGGACCCCGCGUACUCUUGGUUGAACAACCCAUUUUUUGCAUUUUUCCAAAAUGUUUUUUUAAAAUUGUUUUUCUUUUUUGUUUUUUGGGGGGCGGCACGGUAGACGACUGGUUAGCACAUCACAGUUGCGACGACCGGGGUUCAAUCCCGGCCGGCCCCGCCUGUGUGGAGCUCGCGUGUUCUCCCCGUGCCUGCUUGGCCAAAAACAUGCGUGCUAGGUUGAUUGAAGACUCUAAAUUGCCCAUAGGUGUGAACGUGAGUGCGAAUCUAUAUCUAUAUCUAUAUCUAUAUCGAUAUACAUAUACUUUCUAUAGUUUCUACUCCAACGACCGGAGACACAUUCCUUGUGUGUUUUUGACAUACUUGGCACAGAAAGCGGAUUCUGAUCCUGGUAAGGAUUUUUCCAUAGUGGACGCUAGGGUUGUAACAAUUCAUCGAACACUGGAUUUUGACUGGAAUACUCACUAUGGAGGGAUUUCGAGUGGACUUCAUAGUCACCUGUUUCGUGCGCUAUGUAGAAAUCCUCAUAUAGCGGUUCAGGAGUAUUCGAUGAAUCGUUUCCACCCUCGAGUCACUUCUACAUCAAUCCUGUUGUGAUUUGGGAUUGGGAAAUGAGUGAGCGACUCCCAACAUCAUUUGCUAGAGCGGCUCCAACGACCGGAGACAAAUUCCUUGUGUGUUUUUGGGACAUACUUGGCAAAUAAAGAGGAUUCUGAUUCUGAUUCUGAUGAACAUUGUGCCAGCCGGUGGCGCUGUUCCCCUCUCGAAAAGCACACCACGGCGUCUGUCCGUGCUCCCGCAAACAUGACAUCAUCAGUCAUGUGACUCGUGUUGAUGGGCCUUUAAGCUCCUCCCCUUCCACGUGAGACGUGAACGUAGAGACUCGACGUGUCGAUUUCGUAUCGAAGUUCUUCGAAAUGCCUGAUGGCCUGAAAGCUUUCCGUGCGUUGGAGCGCCCCCUGCUGUACACCCGAAUGACGCUAACCUCCCCAUUGACGUGCAAAUAAAACAAGUUAGCCUGAUGCCUCCUUUCUUCUUGC